GCAGGCAGCUUUGAAGGGAUGUGGUAUAUUUUUGUAAUAAUUUUUUCGCUGUCACGUGUGGGAGCUAGAUACGAAAAUGUGAAUAUUAAGCAAGACUGGUGGGAAACCGCGGUGUUCUAUCAGCUCAAUACAAGGUCGUUCAUGGAUAGCGACGGCGAUGGUAUUGGAGAUAUUAAUGGCAUAACAACGCGUCUAGACUAUUUAAAGGAGUUGGGAGUUGACGCAGCAUGGUUGUCUCCGAUCUUCAAGUCCGCAAUGCACGACUUCGGCUAUGACACCACAGAUUAUUACACAAUACAACCAGAAUAUGGAUCGAUGGAGGAUUUUGAGCAUCUUCUCAAAAAAGCCAAUGAACUGAAUAUCAAAAUAGUUCUGGAACUGGUCCCAAAUCACACUAGCAACGAGAGCGAAUGGUUUUUGAAAUCAUCAAAUAGAGACGAAUAUUACAGCGACUGGUUUAUUUGGGAGAGUGGUCAUUUAGACAAUAUGGGUAUUCGAAAACCGCCUAAUAACUGGGUGAGCGUAUUCAGGAAAAGCGCAUGGAAAUAUAUGGCCAACAGAGAUCAGUACUAUCUGCACCAGUUCGGCGAGUCUCAGCCCGAUCUGAAUUACAGAAACCCUGUUGUCGUUGAUGAAAUUAAGAACGUUAUCAAAUUUUGGCUUGAAAAAGGAGUAGCAGGCCUGAAGAUACCCUCUAUCAAUUAUCUAUUCGAAGUUGACAAAGACUUGUAUGGCGGACGCUAUCCUGAUGAACCGAUAACUGGUCGACCUGGAUUAGGACCCGAUGAUUACGUUUAUCUAGAACACGUAUACACUAAAGAUCAAGAAGAAACAUAUGACAUGGUGUCGCAGCUUAGAGACGUAUUCGAUGGUAUUACUAUAAGGGAUAAUUUGACGAGGAUAAUGAUGACGGAGGCCGACACGACUAUCAAAAAUGCAGUGAAGUAUUAUGGGGAAGGGGCCCAUUUGGGAGCUCAUGUGCCCUUCAAUUUGGGUCUCAUUGGAGAGCUGAAUAAGGAAUCGGAUGCACGGGACUUCAAAUACAUCAUUGACCGUUGGCUCACGUACAAACCUUUGAAGAAACCUGCAAAUUGGAUGAUUGGAAAUCACGACAAGAGCAGAGUGUCUUCUAGAUUCAGACCUGAUCUGGUGGACGCUCUCAACAUGCUAAUUCUACUGCUGCCUGGAAUUGCGAUCACUUAUAUGGGUGAAGAGAUAGGAAUGGUUAAUGGAUUCGUUCCUUGGAGCGAAACGAAGGAUCCACUGGCCUGCAACACUGACGAUCCUGUGAAUUACAUCGAAGUGUCCCGGGACCCCGUCCGGACGCCUUUCCAAUGGAACUCCGGGAAAAACGGAGGAUUUUCGACUGCAGAGCGAACCUGGCUUCCAGUAGCUGACGGCUAUGAAUCGUUAAACGUGGCCAGUCAAAGAUCGGCUGUCAGAUCGCAUUAUCAAGUUUACAGAACGCUGACUAAUUUACGCAUCAGGCCUGCGUUUAGACUUGGGAGAUAUGAAUCGUUGUCACUGAACAACGAUGUGUUUGCUUUCAAAAGAUGGUACAACGACGAUACGUAUAUAAUCGUUAUGAACGUUGGAAAGCGUGAUCGAAUUGUCAAUUUGACGGCUUUCGAUCUUGUAUUUGGACAAUUAGAAGUUGAGGCCAGCAGCGUUUUGUCUUCAAGGACCUACAGCGACAACGUUCAAGCAAACCGUUUGGAUUUGGCGGUCGACGAAGCUUUAGUUUUAAGGAUGCAGGUUUAAGUCUUUAAAAAAAAACCUAUUGUCAUCACCUAAUAAUGUUAGGUAUUUUAAUUCUGAUUGUUUUACUUUUUCUUGAUUCAAAAUAAAUUUCUCUUUUAUACAAA